UGCUGUUAACAGAUCGCACGCACACGGCAUCAAGACAGGCUCCGCGGUUGCGCAACACAGUCGUUCUUCGUGCCGGCCGGUGUGAUAUCCAUUUGCGCGGCGUUUUGCCGAAUGAACCGCGGUACAAUAACAGUUUAGUCGAGGAGAUAAAACGAAAAAAAAACCGUAGCGACGCUUUCGAUUAUCUCUGCCGUGCGCGGAUUAACAUGUCAAGAGUGCAGCCGGGCACCGGCGGCUCGCGUAUAAGAACAGCAGCUCGGCAGUUAUUGUGCAAAACGUACGUUGUUCGGCGGUACGCGGAGCACUACCACCAACAGCUGUUCUGAGAGCGACAGACGACCGGUCCGCGGUUCGAAUUUUCCCGAACUUCGUUCCCCGUACUACACGAAUAAUUUUUCAAACCAAAGAAAAAUGGAGAACUGGAAGAAAAUAUCCUUUUUCGUUGGUGUGUUUGCAUUCAUCCGAGAAUUUAGACCCAUCGAACCAUUUUACGCAGCGUAUAUGACAAGUCCUUUAAUUAAUUGUACAGUAGAGCAAGUCCCAAAAGAACUCUAUGCUGUGGGAUCAUAUUCUAUGUUUGUGUUGAUCAUAAUUAUAUUUUUGGUCACGGAUUAUGUUAGAUACAAACCAGUGUUAAUUGUAGACGGGAUUGGCGGAAUACUUCAUUACGUUGCCAUAACAAAUCGUCCUUCAAAACUCAGAAUACAGUUUGGACAGGCGUUCUAUGGAUUCUUUUUCUCCGCAGAAGUGGCUUUAUUUGGAUACUUAUACGCAAUGGUAGAAGAUAAACAAUACUACCAAAAAAUUACUGGGCAUGCUAGAGCUGCAACAUUGUCUGGAAAAUUUUUCUCAUCGUGUGUGUCUCAACUUCUUGCCAUGGCGUUCGGAUCUCCACCAUUCAACUUACUUGUUUACUUGUCCAUCUUCGGUAUGUCAUCAACGGCUGUGUGGGCAAUUUUCUUACCAAAAGUCAAGCAGAGUCUUUAUUUCCACAAGAGGAAAAAAGUGGACGAUUCUAUAAUGACUCAAUCUACCGACACCAUAUAUAACCCAGAAAAAUACAAAUACCCACAUCAACUAAGCGUCGAUUCGCUUAACACCAAUCAGAAAACGAAUGUAUCGCCACUUAACACCAAUACGGAAGAAGAGUACAGUGUAUUACAGACGUUGUACAAAGACUUCAAGCAAUCAUAUUCCGACCCAUACGUCCGUAAGCUCUGCUUUUGGUGGGCGAUAGCAAUGGGUGGUUAUUUACAAGUGUACGCUUAUAUAAAUGUGUUGUACACGUACGUGCUGGAAGAGACCGAUGACGCCGAAUUCACCCUGUAUAACGGCGCCGCGGAAUCUCUGAAUACACUUUUAGGGGCCAUCGCCGCAUUUACAAUAAGCAAAGUAAACUGGAAUUGGUAUUCUGUCGGAGACGUAUUUUUCACAGUUGGAUCCGUUGUUGCUAGUGGCGUGCUGCUGUGUUGCGUUUACUGCAAAAACUUAUGGUUCAUCUAUGCGUUCUACAUAAUUUACGGAAUGAUGUACCAGACUAUGUUGACUAUUGCCGAAUCUGAGGUGGCCAAACGAUUAAGUGAAAAAUGCUACGGUCUGAUUUUCGGAUUUAAUACUUUUUUGGCCGUAUGCAUUAACACCAUAAUCAUAUAUGGAGUUAUUCAAGGUCAUUUUAUUACAAUCACUAUAGCGCAACAGUUUUUGAUAUACGCCAUGUUGUACGGGUUCCUAUCUAUGUUCUUCUGCAGCACUGCCAUUUUGAGACUGUUUACCGACGAAGGGAUUGUCGAAUACACAUGAGAAAUAAGCACGUGUACAUUGAAUCGUGAUGAUGUGAUAUUGUUAUUGAACCUGCAGCUACUUCGUAAGACAUGACAACGAUUCCGUGAACAUAAAUACGUUGACUUAUCGAAUUUUAUGUAAAAAUGUCGUAUAUAUUUUAAAAACACAUUAAUAUAUUAAUUGUUUAGUGUCCA